CCCACGGGACUCCAACCCGGAACUAGUCUCGGCUCCCUUGGGAAGGCCGCGGCCCCUGGCCAGGAGCGGGACCCUAACCCCUGAGUGCGGGCCACGGGGUCCAGGCCUUGAACAGAGGGACGUCCUCGUUCUCGGAGGCACCAGACCAGGCGCGCCCUUGGCCGGAGCUUAGACGGUCUGGAAACUACAGGCGCCCCUGCCCUGGCUGGACCAUGGCGCCCCCGCGGAACGUGGUGAAGAUCGCGGUCCAGAUGCCUGACGCCAUCCCGCAGCUCAUCCAGCUGGACCAGGCAAAGCCUCUGGCCGCUGUGCUGAAGGAGGUGUGCGACGCGUGGAGCUUGGUUCACUCGGAACGCUACGCCCUGCAGUUUGCUGAUGGACAUAGGAGCUACAUCACUGAGAACAACCGCACAGAGAUCAAGAAUGGCAGCAUCCUGUGCCUCAGCACUGCCCCAGACCUUGAGGCUGAGCGGCUGUUGGGUGGGCUGCAGAGUGGGAGUCGUGAAAGGCGCCGGGAAGCUCUGCAGCACCUCGUCUUGCUGGCCCCGGACGUCACCUUUGCCCAGGAGGUCAUCAGCCGUGAUGGGCUUCAGAGACUAGGCACCAUCAUUGAGGAUGGGGAUGACUUAGGGGAGGUGCUGACCCUUGCACUGAGGGCCUUCUUGGAGCUCAUGGAACACGGCAUGGUGUCCUGGGAGACGCUCAGCAUCCCCUUUGUUAGGAAGGUGGUGUGCUACGUGAACAUGAACCUGAUGGAUGCAUCUGUGCAGCCCCUGGCCCUCAGGCUGCUAGAGAGUGUGACCUUGAGCAGCCCUGCUCUGGGCCAGCUGGUCAAGAGUGAGGUACCACUGGAUAGGCUGCUGGUCCACCUACAGGUGAUGAACCAGCAGCUACAAACCAAGGCUAUGGCAUUGCUGACAGCCUUGCUCCAGGGGGCUGACCCUGCUGAACGCAAGCACAUGCUUGGCUACCUGUGGCAGAGAAACCUUCGCCAGUUCAUCUAUAAGAACAUCAUCCACAGUGCAACACCAUUGGGCGACGAGAUGGCUCACCAUUUGUAUGUACUGCAGGCCCUUAUGUUGGGGCUGCUGGAGCCACGCAUGAGGACGCCACUGGACCCCUACAGCCAGGAACAGCGGGAGCAGCUGCAGGCCCUGCGCCAGGCUGCCUUUGAGUCGGAGGGGGAGUCUCUGGGCACUGGGCUGAGUGCCGACCGCCGCCGUUCCUUGUGUGCCCGCGAGUUCCGAAAACUGGGCUUCUCUAAUAGCAACCCUGCACAGGAUCUAGAGCGCGUGCCCCCUGGCCUGCUGGCCCUGGACAACAUGCUCUACUUCUCCAGACACGCACCUAGUGCCUAUAGCCGGCUGGUGUUGGAGAACAGCAGCCGUGAGGACAAGCAUGAGUGCCCCUUUGCCCGGAGCAGCAUCCAGCUGACCGUGCUGCUGUGCGAGCUGCUCCGCGUCGGGGAGCCCUGCUCCGAAACAGCCCAGGACUUUUCGCCCAUGUUUUUCGGCCAAGACCAGAGUUUCCAUGAGCUCUUCUGUGUGAGCAUCCAGCUGCUGAAUAAGACCUGGAAGGAGAUGCGAGCCACCCAGGAGGACUUCGACAAGGUCAUGCAGGUGGUGCGGGAGCAGCUGGCCCGUACGCUGGCCCUGAAGCCCAGCUCCCUGGAGCUUUUCCGAACCAAGGUGAAUGCACUUCCCUAUGGGGAGGUGCUGCGGCUGAGGCAGACAGAGCGGCUGCAUCAGGAGGGCACGCUGGCCCCUCCCAUACUGGAGCUACGGGAGAAGCUGAAGCCAGAGCUCAUGGGCCUGAUCCGUCAGCAGCGUUUGCUCCGCCUCUGCGAGGGGACACUCUUCCGCAAAAUCAGCAGCCGGAGGCGCCAGGACAAGCUGUGGUUCUGCUGCCUGUCCCCCAACCACAAGGUGCUGCAGUACGGGGACGUGGAGGAGGGCGCCAGCCCACCCACCCUGGAGAGCCUGCCUGAGCAGCGUGAGGAGGACGGGGCAGGGGUCCGGGUCAGCCACCUGCCCUCCCGAGACCACCCCCUGUGCGGGGCCCGCGUGGGUCCCAGUGGUCAGCCCGGCCUUCUUCCCGCAGUCGCUGUGGCCGAUAUCAAGGCACUGCUCACAGGCAAAGACUGCCCCCACGUCCGGGAGAAGGGCUCAGGGAAGCAGAACAAGGAUCUCUAUGAGUUAGCCUUCUCCAUCAGCUAUGACCACGGGGAGGCGGACGCAUACCUCAACUUCAUUGCCCCAUCCAAACGGGAGUUUCACCUGUGGACAGAUGGGCUGAGCGCCUUGCUCGGCGGUCCCAUGGGCAGUGAGCAGACUCGGCUGGACCUGGAACAGCUGCUGACGAUGGAGACCAAGCUGCGGUUGUUGGAGCUGGAGAAUGUGCCCAUUCCCGAGCAGCCGCCUCCCAUUCCCCCGCCCCCCACCAAUUUCAACUUCUGCUAUGACUGCAGCAUCACUGAGCCUUGACAGUGAGGUUGGCCAUGGGCCACAGCUGCUGGCAUUGGUAACCGUGAAGGGUGGAGGGUGGUAAAACCCAGACACCCUGACCAGCAGAGGCUGCUGCAGAAAUAAAGUCUGCUUGACUCUGG